UUAUUUUUCAUAUUUUUUAGGAAAUCAAUUAAAGUAAAUAUUUUUUUUUUUGCAAUUUUUCAAAUUGUUACGUCAAGUAAGAAAUAGGCAGUAUGGACGACAAAGAUCCGGUACUAAAAUUUUGGACUGAAUUCACCUGCGCCUACCCAUAUUCGCAAAAGAUGUGUAAUGGUUUCUCAAAAUUGUUCCGUUUCAUUUUCGACAACCACUUGGACUCGGUGGGCACAUUCGACACAAUGUUGUUGUCAUCCUUCAUGCUAAUUUUCCUAGCAUUUUUGGUCGUAACCAUGCUUACAGUAUUUGAAAAAGAUCAGAAGUCUUUGCAGCAAAUAAAAGAGAAAGUUAGGCAUUCAACUGCAGUUAUCGCCCAGCUCGCAGCAACUUUAUGGACCAUAAGAGAAACGAAAUUCAAAAGUAUCUCUCCGGAGGGAUAUCGAAGAAUUAAGGAAAACAAGGAAGCAAUAUUGGCUUUAAAAAAUCCAUCACAAUCAGUGGCGAUGGAUAUCCCAAAGGAAGCACUAGAAAAACCGAAAGAAGUGAAGAAAAAAUUUGUUAGAGGUUUCAAGUCCUUUAAGGGGGAUUUAUCACCACCUCCAGCGAAAAGUGCGCCAUAUUCUAUUUUAAAGCGAUCAAAGCUUGUUCAGCAAAAAAAGGUUUGCAGCCUUUCCAUUGUACAAAGUAAAAGACCAAAAAAUUUACGUGUUGUUGCUAGUACUGUUUCGCUCAACAAAAGGCAAUCAGAUUCUACAACACCAAGGUCCAUUAAUGAGGGUGCUGAAACUAGAAAUAUUGGCUCAACAAAAGUAGUUCGAAAAGCAUAAUUUGGCGAUAUUGUGAAAUGAUUUAGAUCAAUACAUGCAUUUGAGCAUUUUAUUUUAAAUGU